CUGCGUACACUGUGUCCUUUUAAAACGCAGCACUCCUUGAUUUUCUUCAGCUUUUUUCCCCCCAAUAUGGCGACACCCUGUGUCCUUUACGGGCCAGAGGGUUUGUAGGGAGUUACCUUUAAAACAAAUACCCAAAAUGUAAUUGAUGUUUAGUAUUUAUUCUAGUCCAAUCAGUCACGCUUGAAAUUCAUUAUCUCCAUGCGUCUCCUUUAGCCGAUCGUGUUUAUUUCACGCAUGUGCACAAGGGCGGUGCUGUGGUGUGUUAAUGCUGAUAAUAAACAGCUUCUCUUGAUAAUGAUUUUCAAAUGUUUAUGACGUUUCCUGGUUCCAGUUCAUCCUUCAUGAGCUCAAGUCUGACAGAAAGAGGUUUGUCUUAAGUGGAAAUCGCAAAGAUGACUGGCUGACGGAUCGUCCUAGCAACCGCUUUGGCAACUAUCCCGGGGCCUAUCACGUCGCUCAUGUGGAGAACUUUAAACUAAAACGGGCGGAGACCGAACUCAAAUAACAGUGUCUUCCUCCAAUCAAAUGGCAUCCUGGAUCUGUCUCAGCCAAUAGCGUGCCGGGGAGUUCUGAGAAGGAGGAGUCUCCCGCGGAGAGAAAGUGGGAGGGGGAUCAGUUUUAGCAGAGUGCGCACUUGUACUCUAAAGACUCCUUCGCUCUUCGGAUGGUGACUUUCUUCUUUUUCAGAACAGCUCAGGAUCAGGAAAUAAAACUUCUUUUUGCGAAAAGUUUUUUAUACAACUGAUUUUACCUUUUUUUAAAAAAUAAAUAAAUAAAUAAAAUAACAGAGCACAGUUCACGUGUAAAAAUUACUUGCAUGUUUUCGUGAAGGAAUCCGCUCCGUACCUAUAGGUGGAAAACGUCAUGUUCGGAUCUGCUCGCAAAAUGACCUCAGACGAUGUUUCCUCCAGAUGCAUCGCGUUUAUUAAGGAUCAACUAUAUUUUGCCAUACUUCAUCAAAAGAUCAAGAGCACAGCUGACCGACACUGUUUUUGCGUAGAUGAAGAGCUGGCAUAUGAGAACUUCUAUGCGGACUUUGGUCCCCUUAACCUGGCCAUGUUUUAUCGCUUCUGUUGCAAGCUGACAAAGAAGCUCAAGUCAAUUACACUCAUGAGGAAGAAGAUCAUUUUUUAUACUUGUGGGGAUCAGAAAAAACAAGCCAAUGCUGCCUAUCUAAUAGGAUCGUACGCAGUGAUGCAUCUAAACAUGACGCCAGAGGACGCCUACAGCCUGCUGGUAUCCAGGAAUUCAACUUAUCUUCCAUUCAGAGACGCCUCGUUUGGAACCUGCAUGUACAAUCUGGACAUUCUGGACUGCCUGCGUGGAGUUCACAAAGCCGUGCAGUAUGGCUGGUUAGACUUCUCCAACUUUGAUGUGGAAGAGUAUGAGCACUACGAGAGGGCAGAGAACGGAGACUUUAACUGGAUAAUUCCUGGGAAGUUCCUCGCGUUCAGUGGCCCUCAUCCAAAAAGCAAGAUAGAAAAUGGGUACCCUUUACAUGCUCCCGAGGCCUACAUCCCGUACUUCAGAAAACACAACAUCACCACUAUCAUCAGACUCAACAAGAAGAUGUACGAUGCGAGACGUUUCACUGAUUCAGACUUUGAGCAUCAUGACCUGUUCUUUGUGGACGGGAGCACGCCGAACGACACCAUCGUCAGAAAGUUCCUCAACAUCUGUGAGAGCACAGAGGGAGCUAUUGCAGUCCACUGCAAAGCUGGCCUGGGAAGAACCGGCACGCUUAUCGCCUGUUAUAUGAUGAAACAUUACGGCCUGACUGCAGCGGAGGCCAUCGCAUGGAUACGGAUCUGCCGGCCAGGAUCCAUCAUUGGACCACAGCAAAACUUUGUAGAAGAGAAGCAGAACAGCCUCUGGGCAGAGGGAGAUGUUUUCCGGGAGAAGAAGCUGAACGAGCGGGAAAACGGCAAGACGGCUGUAACCAGGAUCCUGUCUGGAGUGGACGACAUCACAAUCAACAGCAGCAACAAGAACAGGGCAUCCAAGAAAGAAGAAAUAGAGCUGUACAAUGAUGAAGAUGAGAGAAACGGCGUCACGCAGGGCGAUAAACUACGAGCCCUGAAGAGCAAGAGGCAGGCCAGGUCGUCUUCAGGUUCUCUGUCACAAGAAGAGAACAAAAUAAACACCAGGUCGUCUUCGCAGUCCCUCAGCAGGGUGAUCACACAGGACAGUGUUGAGGGCUGUAAGACCAGUGUCAGCGCCCUGGCUCUGUCUGACCGCUCAGACAGCAGGAAGAGGACCAGAGCAUCUCUGCCAGCUAACGCAGUAGGAGGAAGCUCCCUGAGCCAAACCAGGCUGGUCAGGUCCCUAGGCAACCUGCAUGUAGUGGCUGGCAACAGCGACCCAAUGUUCUGUGAGCCGUGUGGCAGCCAUAGAGACACGGCCAGUCUCAGAGCCAACACGAGCGCCCUCAUCAACUUAAACGCAGCACAGGGACACCUGCAGAGCCGCUGUGUCACGAGGACGUAAAGCUCGCAGCUCUUUGCAAUCAAUUAGAUUUUCCAGGCUAUGUCACUCCAUACCCAAAGCUAGAGCUCCUCUUCUCCGGUAAACCUGUGAACCUGGAAAAAUGCGAAGAUAUCCAGUCUUUUUUGGAGAAAGGCUGGCAUGAAUCUCAACUUGAUGUGAAUGUUUACUGCAGAGGCACAAGAUCGUUUUAUUUUAUUUUUAACAAACACUGCAUCAUUACAUUUUAAUUGUGUUUGUUUUUACUUACUGAAUCCUUAAGCUAAAGUGUCUGAAUUAUUGGCACCACAACUAGUAUAAUAAGUGUAAAGCUCAGAAAUUAUUGGUUCACACAAUCAUAGCAUGAAGUACUGUGUGCACCGUUAUACUGCCAUUCAGCAUGUUUUGGACAAGGCCUGUCAUUUGGCCACCUUUUCAGCUCCUUUGUUUCAAAACUGUACAUGUGUCAACAUUUAAUAUACGGUUUGUAUAUUGUAAAUAUUUUGUACUGUUAAAAUCAUGUCAUGAAAUGGUCCCAACGGGGCCUUUACUCUUUAUAAUCCUAGAAAAAUACAAAUUUUAAAUAAAUUUACUCCCAAAUGAA